AUGCCCACUCAAGGGCUCAAAUCUUCUUCAGUUCGUCAGUGUAGCUCAGAUGAUGAUUGCCAACAGCACUGGAAAGCUGAAGGCCUUUGUGAUAUUCUGAACGCAUUCCGGAAUGCCGAAGAAAUAUUGCGGACAGGAUACAUAGGAGCCAAUGCCUAUGAGACCCGUGAAAAUCUGAAGACGUUCUUCAAUAUCUUUAUGCAGAUAAAAGAUUCUAGCCUUUCAAGACUACAGAUUCUGACCAAGUAA